AUGUCUUCUGCACAGCAUACCUCGGGCGCCACAUGGACGCCGGGGGACUUUGAGCAUCCCAAUCAGGCAUUGCGGCGAUCUAUUACCAUUGCGCUCUGUUUUGCCUUCAUCCUAUCAACUCUUGCCGUUGCUCUUCGACUCGUGGCAAGAAAGAUGACUGGGAGCAAACUAUUUCUGGAUGAUUAUCUGAUCUUGAUUGCUCUCUUCUUCAAGUAUUCAUGCUCUGCUGGGGUGACUGUCCUCCUUUUUAAUGGGCUGGGAUCACAUAUCACAAUGAUACCAGCGAAGAACGUUCUUGUUUACUUACAGAUCGGAUACUCGAACAACUUUGUGUAUACUGGCUGCAUCGCUUUUAUCAAGUUUUCCAUCUUGGCACUUUACAAGAGAUUGUUUGCAAUUCGAUCCAUGAACCUUGCGGUAAACGCAAUGUUUGGAUUUGUGUGUCUCUGGGUCGUGGGCGUCUAUGUUGCUGGUGCUCUGAUCUGCAUUCCCGCAAGUAAAUUUUGGGACCAGUCGGUUGAAGGAGCUUGCCUUGACCCUUACAAGUUCUACUACGGAAUUCAAGUCCCAAACAUCUUGUCGGACUUGAUUCUUCUCAUCAUGCCCAUGCAUGUCGUGUGGUCCUUACCGAUUCCCAAGUCCCAGAAAGCACUCCUUUGCGGCGUGUUUCUUGUUGGUGGCUUAACUUUGGUCUUCUCCGUUUUUCGACUCCAGGCGAUGAUUCGACUAGCUGACCUUGGCCCCGAUGUCACCUACAACCAAGUUCCUGUUGUCGUAUGGACUUGCAUUGAAGCAGCAGUGGGAAUCACGGCCGCAUGUCUCCCCAACCUCCGCCCUCUGUUUAGGUUGGGACGUCGUGGUUUCUGGUCUCAGUAUCGUUCUUCGAGCAACACCUCCGGAAAAACUCUUGUCGAAUCAAACACAUCCGGAAGUACAAUCACAUCACGCAAGAAGCCUCCCGGUGGCUCUUUUGGCGAUGAAGGUAUUAAGGUGGCUCAAUACAAUGAAUACACCAAAUGUGACAAAGAGUAG